AUGCCGCAGGUGGAUCUGGAAGCCCUCGUCUCCGCCUGCGCCGGCGGCGCCCGCGACGGUAAGAUCUCCUGCGAGACCGACGCCGAGUUCGACUGGUUCGACCGCAACGCCUUCUACGAGCGCCGGGACUCCACCAAGGCCAACUCCAGUCCCGCCGCCGCCUCGAAUCCGAUCCUCAGCUCCCCGACGAACUCCAACUCGCGGCGGUCGUCGAAUAACUUCAAGUCCAAGGCGUCGAUCCUCGGUCUCCCGAAGCCGCAGAGCUCGUGCUUCGUCGACGCCAAGAACCGGCGCCCCUGCAAGGCGGGAGGCGGCGCGGGGUUCUUCCCGAAGCGGUCGGGAUCGGCCGGCAAGGUCGAUCCCCCGGCGGUCGAGCCGUCCUCGCCGAAGGUCUCGUGCAUGGGGAGGGUGAGAUCGAAGAGGGAAGCGAACCGGCGGAAGAGGCGCGACGAGCCGGCUGAAAGGAGCAGAACCGGGCUGUUCGCGAGCCUCCUCGCGAUACUGGGAACCGGCUGCAGGAAUCGGCCGGCGGUCCUGGCCGACGUGCCGCGGGCGGCGUCGCCCGGCUCCCGGGACGAGAGGAAGCACCCGCCGGCGAGCGGCGCGGGCGGGCCGCCUCCGGAUCCGCCAGCGGCGGAGGGCGGCGAGCCGCCGUCGGGCCUGGGCGGGGUGAAGCGGUUCAGGUCCGGUAGGAGGCCGGACUCGUGGGCCAACAACGUGGCGUGA